AAGCGAUUCAUCUCAGGACACUUACUAAUAACACAACACAACACCCUCUAACAAUGAAUACAUUGUACUCUCCAAUUAUACAAUGGAACAUAAAUGGCUACCUAUCCCAUCUAGAGCGAUUGCAACUUCUUAUCCACGAUGAAAACCCCUCAAUAAUUGCCUUACAAGAAACACAUUUUCGAGAUGAUAAGCUUCUCUGUCCCAAAAAAUUUAAAGGAUUUUAUCGCAACAGAACAAAUCGAGACAGAGCAAGUGGUGGGGUAGCAAUAUUUACUAAGGAGGAAUUGAAGGCAGUAAACGUUCCCCUUACCACCAAUCUGGAAGCCGUCGCAGCCUCUAUACCACUACCACAACCUCUGACAAUAUGCAAUAUCUAUAUUCCACCCGAUCGAGAAUUCAACAAAUAA